AUGAAAAGAGACAACAACUCACGUAUGGCACAGUUCCUCCUCCUGGGCCUUUCAGGUUAUCCUGAACUGCAACCUGCCCUCUUUGCACUCUUCUUGUCCAUGUACCUCGCCACGGUGUUCGGAAACCUGCUCAUCAUCCUGGCUGUCAUCUCUGACUCCCACCUCCACACCCCCAUGUACUUCUUCCUCUCCAAUCUGUCUUUUGUGGACAUUUGUUUCACUUCCACUAUUGUCCCAAAGAUGCUGGUGAACAUCCAGACACAGCAUAAAGACAUCUCCUACAGGGAGUGCCUCACUCAGGUGUAUUUUUUUAUGAUUUUUGCUGGAAUGGAUAAUUUUCUACUGACCAUCAUGGCCUAUGACCGUUUUGUGGCCAUCUGUCAUCCCCUGAACUACAUAAGCAUCAUGAACCCCCAGCUCUGUGGUCUCCUGGUCCUGAUAUCUUGGAUCAUAAUCUUCUGGGAUGCCCUGCUCCACCUUCUACUGAUUAUACGUCUGACCUUUACCAGAGGUACUCAAAUCCCACAUUUCUUCUGCGAUCUGCCUCCACUCCUCCAAGUGGCCAGCUCUGAUACCCGAAUCAAUAAUGCUGUCUUGUACAUGACAACUGCCUUCCUGGGUGUGUUUCCUGUCACUGGGAUUCUCUUUUCUUACUCUCAGAUUGUCUCCUCUUUAAUGAAGAUGUCCUGUUCUGCAAGCAAGUCGAAGGCAUUUUCCACCUGUGCAUCUCACCUGUGUAUGGUCUUCCUGUACUAUGGGACCGGCCUUGUGGAAUACCUUAGUUUUACAUUCCCCCAUUCUUCUCAGGCAAGCAUGAUCACCUCCGUGAUGUACACUGUGGUGACCCCGAUGCUGAACCCCUUCAUCUACAGCCUGCGGAACAAGGAUGUGAAGGGGGCCCUGGGAAGAUUCCUAAGCAGAACAGCCUCUUGUCCUUAA